AUGUCUCAAUCUUCUUCUGAAAAUUAUUGGAAAGAUGAUGAUCCAAAAGGAUCAAACAUUGAAGAAAAUAAAACUCAUACAUCAUGGUCAUCAUCAACAGACAACGAAAGUAAUCAAUAUUCAUGGUGUCAAUUUGAUGAAGAAGCAAAAAACUUUCAGAGAAAAAUGGAACAGGUACAAAAGGAGCUCAUCAAUCAUGUUAUGCAGUUGUCUUCAUCAUCAACACCAGCAGCUUUCAAUAUUAAACCAAAUAUUGAUUUUCUUAUCGAUGAACCAGUACUGGUAGCAGUAGGAGAACCAUUAUUUGAUAUUACAAAUGAAAAAGAAGAUGUUAAUAACAUGGCUUUUCGUUUAUCUUGUCAAUCAACUGCUAUGCUGAAUAAGAUUACAGAAUUGGUGAAGGACACAGGUCUUUCAUUUGACAAUAAGUUUUGUCUUGAACUUCGACCUGCAUCAUUUUAUAAUAAAGAUAUUGAAAAUCAGUUAUGGGAAUUGAGAAUGAAUGUUGAUCCAGUUACUUGGUUUGAUUUACAAUGGCGUCAAUGUGGUGAUAAUGAAGAAUUUCAACGUAAAUGUGUUGCAAAAGCAGGUUCGUACAUUAAAAAAUAUCGUUCGUUUGUUGUUCAUCAGAUGCCAUCUAUAUCAUUACACGAACCAAUCACAGCUCCUCCUUACUGUGAACGCCAAUUAACAUGUACCUAUAGAAGAUAUUAUGAUUCUUCUCAUCCAAAACAUACGGACAUUAUAUGCAAAGUUAAAACAAACUGGCAAAGAGAUGAUGACGACCAUGAAUGUGGUCAAUACCUGAUGGAUGAAUAUAUUGUGAUGGAAUGGUCUGUAGCACCAAUUAUGCAAUUAUUGAAAGAUCAAACAUAUAACUCGUUGCAACUACAAGCAGGCGAAAAUUUUUAUACUGAUCAGUCGCGUUUUAUUUUUACGGCGAACAAAGAAAUUAUUCGGGAUCUUGUUAUCCUUCCUAUGCCACCAUGGCAUUUAUCAAAUAGGCAAAUGAUUCAAUUACCUUUGUUUUGGGCUACUGCAAUAAUUUCAAGUAAAAUGUUACAUCGUGAAAUAAAACAAAAAUUGUUAUCUGAACAAGAAAUGUGGCCAGUAGAAGCUAUUGCCAUUAAUUUUGGUCAAUGGGAGGCUGCUGGAUCUUACGAUAAACGACACAUUGAUACUCAUGCUCAUGCACAUUUAUUGCUUACUUUAUCUUUUAUGAAUGCAUGUGAUAAUACAUUUUUCCGGGCACUUAAAGGUCGAGUAAUGCAUCCACCGGAUUAUCUACGACAAAACACACAAUCAUUACAGUUCGAGAGAUUACAAAAUCAUGACUUUGACUCGAAGCAAAUGCUUGAAUUAUCUAUACGAUUGACUAAUGUAGAAAAUGAUAUACAAGGUAUGAAAAAUGAUAUACAAGAUAUAAAAACUGGAAUGCUGGAGUUGAAAGAAUGGUUGAUCAACUUAGAUUUUCACGUGUUCACAAGCCCAACUCCAACCUCUCUUCCAAUUUGA